UUCAUCAUCAUCAUCAUCGUCUUCAGCUUUCACAGCUGCCAGCUGGCUUCAGUCUUUCUGGAUAAAGAUCGAGCCAAUGGCGUUCUGGUUCGGACUCGGAGGUACAACUCAGGCUGGUUUGAGGAGCUGCAGAUGGGAGACCUGAAGAGGGAGUGUAUAGAGGAGAAGUGCACGUACGAGGAGGCCAGGGAGGUGUUUGAGCACACCGAGCUCACGAAUGAGUUCUGGAAAACGUACAAUGUACCAAACCCCUGUAUCUCCAAUCCCUGUCAGAAUGGAGGCAGUUGCUCCACUCAUGCUUCAUCCUACAUCUGCUUUUGUCUGCCAGAGUUCCAUGGAGUCAACUGUGAGCUUGAGGUGAAAGCUGAGAUCGAUACCUCCUGGGUGGAGAACGGAGAAUGUGAGCACUUCUGUGAAGAAGACGAGCUCAAAAAACGGAACUGCUCGUGUGCAGACGGCUACUUUCUCCAUGUUGAUGGACGGAGUGAGCACGACAUUACGGUUAAUGAAGGCACUGAGCAGCUCAUCCAGGUGGCUCAGAUUAUCAUGCAUGAAAACUACGUAUCAAGCACUGCCGACAAUGAUAUCGCUCUCCUCCGCCUGGCAUCUCCCAUCAUCUAUACCCAGUACGCUGUCCCAGUCUGCCUACCCACAUGGAAUCUAUCCACCCGAGUGCUUUGGAUGAUCCGGCUGCACACGGUGAGUGGCUGGGGGAGGCGGAGCGAAAAUGGGCCUACCGCACAGAUCCUUCAACACCUGAAGGUGCCGCGAAUCCGCACACAGGACUGUGUCGAUGAGAGUGGCGUAGUGCUCACUCAGAACAUGUUCUGUGCCGGAUAUAUUGAGGGUCGUCAGGACUCUUGUAAAGGUGACAGCGGUGGACCCCUGGUGACCCAGUAUAAGACGACAACUUUCCUGCUGGGGAUCGUCAGCUGGGGGAAGGGCUGCACCCGACCGGGGAACUAUGGCAUCUACACCCGAGUGUCCAACUACCUUGAGUGGAUCCACAACCGGACGGCAACACCAGAUCAACCAAGGAACAGCAGCAAGACUUUGAUGCACAACCUUACCACCUGAAAGACCCGAUUAGCUUAGCUUAGCAUAGCUCAUAUAACCAAAUACUGUGUUUUCACUCUUCUGAUUGACUGCUAAGCUUCUCAUUAAA